GACUGCCGACUCCACAUUCCCCGACCCCAAAGACUCUGCUAUUCGGGGUCUGCUCCUGCAACCCCGCCCCGACCUACCCCUACCCGACUCCGGCCCCACCCUCGGGGCUUCUUCCCGCCCCAAGUGAUGGUCAAGCCCCGCCCCCGCCACAGAACCUGCGAGCACGGCGCGGGCUCAGGCUCCUAGCCAGGGGGUGCCGCCGACCAGAGACGCACACGUGCAAGUGGCCUCCAUGGAGCCUCUGUACCCGGCCUUUACGCCUAGCUGGAACACCUCAGCUGCCAGCCCUGGAGACAACCACAAUGGGACACCAGUAGGGUCAGCACCAUCAGCGGGGGCCCGGGCAAUACUGGUGCCCUUGCUGUACCUGCUAGUGUGCACUGUGGGGCUGGGCGGCAAUGGACUGGUCAUCUACGUGGUGUUGCGACACGCUAAGAUGAAGACGGUCACCAAUGUGUAUAUCCUCAACCUGGCCGUGGCAGACGUGUUGCUUAUGCUGGGCCUGCCCUUCCUGGCCACACAGAACGCUGUGUCCUACUGGCCCUUCGGCCCCUUCCUAUGCCGCCUGGUCAUGACACUGGAUGGCAUCAACCAGUUUACUAGCAUCUUCUGCCUGACCGUCAUGAGCAUUGACCGCUACCUGGCUGUGGUCCACCCGCUCCGCUCUGCCCGAUGGCGCCGCCCACGAGUGGCCAAGCUGGCCAGUGCUGCUGUCUGGGCCUUCUCGCUGCUCAUGUCUCUGCCACUGUUAGUCUUCUCAGACGUGCAGGAGGGCUGGGGCACCUGCAACCUCAGCUGGCCAGAGCCCGCGGGGCUGUGGAGUGCAGCCUUCAUCACCUACACGUCUGUGUUGGGUUUCUUCGGGCCGCUGCUGGUCAUCUGCCUCUGUUACCUGCUCAUCGUAGUGAAGGUAAAGGCUGCAGGUGUGCGAGCAGGGUCCUCGAGAGGCCGGCGAUCUGAGCGGAGGGUGACCCGCAUGGUGGUAGUCGUGGUGCUGGUCUUUGUGGGCUGCUGGCUGCCCUUCUUCAUUGUCAACAUUGUCAACCUGGCCUUCACACUGCCUGAAGAGCCUGCCUCUGCUGGCCUCUAUUUCUUCGUAGUGGUCCUGUCCUAUGCCAACAGCUGUGCCAACCCACUGCUCUAUGGCUUCCUCUCUGACAAUUUCCGCCAGAGCUUCCGCAAGGUUCUGUGUGUUCGUGGGAGCUACGGCAUGGAGGAUGCUGAUGCCAUGGAACCACGGCCAGACAAGAGUGGCCGACUACAGGAAGUCACGCUGCCUCCUACACGCAGCUGCCAAACAAAUGGGCACAUGCAGACCAGCCGGCUGUAAGAGCCACCUGGGUCUUUCAGGGACCACCCAAUGUCAUCUUCCUGGUGUGAGAGUGUGCUGAGGCACUCAUCCUUGGGCUGCACCUCAGAUACUCUUUAGCAGUGGCCUAAAGAAAGGAGCUGCCUGGGACAGAGCCAUGGAUGGACACAGCACAGCUGGCAUCCUGCAGUGACUGUGUCGUUCCACCACCCCCUUUCCCUAUGUGGGCCAGUUCUGGAGCUUUGGGGGACUCAGCUAUGCCCCGAAAUAUCUGGCAUCUCCAGCUGUCCUAGCCGAGCCUAUCACAGCCUCCAGGCCAAGGGAGCCAGCAGAGGCACUCUUCCUGACCCCUGGUAUGAGCUGAGGCCUUGCUGCAUGUGCCCUUCAUCAUGGGAGCUCUGUGUCACCUGGUCAGUGGCCAAGUGCUACUCUUGAGAAAUUAGACAACCGAAUAUACUCUACUCUGGCCUCCGUUCCCUAGAGCUGCCAGGGGCCAGGCAACAGCCCCAGAUCCUCACUGGCCAUGAGACUCUGUGGACAUUGGGGCAGCAGGUGCAAUGCUAGGAUUUCCUGGGAUCCCAGAAUGAACACUGUCCUCAGGGCCCUACCCUCCUGUCCACUUGGCCCAGUGGUGGGAACUGUGGACAGGGCAGACACAGGGAUUGGCCACCCUGGGAUGAGUUCUGUCCAGGUGCCAGCAAGGCAAGCUGAGGUGAAGAGCUCUGCUGGAGGUCAAUGUGUGAAGGCUGUGAGGACCCUUCUGGGACAAUCAGGAGCUCUGGCCAGGAGAAGGAGCAGGACAAGUGGACAGGAGGGAGUUGGGAGAGUCUCGCCUCCCAGCGCAAAUAGCACAGCCUGGGAAGAUGGUGCUGUGUGGAUGGAUGCAAAUGCCAGCAGGUAUGGGCCCUGAGGAUCCACCCUCAGGAUUGUUCUUAGCCCACGACAGCUUCUCUGCUCUACCAAGGCCAGGAGUGGAGCCCUGAGAAUCCCUGUGCCACCACCUUCCUUGGGCCCCCAGGAUGCCUUGACUUCUCUCUGAGGCUGGAAGGAGAAAUCGGCUCCACAGUCAUCUGCUCUGGGACAGCCCUGUCUGACACUGCCCAGGCCCCCCAGGAAGAUGCAGGGGACAGGGCAGGAUAAAGCCAGGCCAGCGCUGCUAAGUCUCCCGUGUGACACCCAGACGGCUCAUCCUGGAACAUGUUCUGAGUACCAAAGGCGCUUGUGUUUGACAACCUGCUCCCUGAAUAAAUUAGAGAAUAAAUGUUUGAUUCUUUCC